AUGACGAGCGCAGGGUAUGACGAGCUCUUGCUCCUGCAAGCCAGCUUGGUUCCGGAAGAGUUUCAGUGGCGCGGCACGGCCGUAGAGACAGAAGCAUGGCAGUCGGCUGUCGCCCAGUACGAGCAGGAUGGCGCGGCGAAGAAGGACACGGUCCAUUUCUCGCUGCGCGUCAACGAAGCCCUUGGCGUAUGGAUGAAUGUGUCGCUUGAUGUUGGCGGAGACGACGCGCCGCCAGGCAUCACGGUAUCUGCUACGAGCCCGGACGUGUCGCUGGAUGCGCUGAGUGCGGUCGUGCGCGAACGGCUCGCCGACGCGGCCAACGAAGACAUGCCGAACCGCACCUUUGACGUAUACACUGCACUGCAGGAGCAUGUCGUGCAUAUGGAAGCAGAGCGUCCGGCGAGCAAGGAGCCUGCGCAACCGCCGCCCGAGCCUGUGCCUACGCAAACGUCGAUGAAGCGCGUUAUUUUCUGGUCGCACCACCUCAUUGCCCCUUCCAAACGCAAGCAGUUUGCGGCAUGGUGCCCUGAGCUACAGGUAUGGGGCCUAUUCAAGCUAGGGUAUCCUGGCUUUCUCUGCUUUGAAGGCGAGGCGGACGACGUGGACGAGAUGGUGCAGCGCGUCAAGGGAAUGCAGUGGCACGCCAUCUCGAUGCGUGUCGAGGUCAGCUGGACUAGUACUACCGGCAACCUGGACGAGGCGCUGCGGUCGUGUCUGCUCGCGCACGGCCGCGAUGCGCUGCGUGCACCUGGCAAGCUGCGGGUGGAUGUCAAAGAGCUCGACGAUAUGGGCAAAUUUGUCGCAGAACUACGAACGCUAUCACUACCCGAGGACGAGAUUGCGGAUGCGUGCCAUCUACGCAAGUCUCAGUAG